AUGCCUCCCCCCUCGAGCCUCCAUUUUCCCCCAUCUCUGUCGCUCAAGCUUUCAACGUCCGAGGCAGCCGGGAGCCCGGGAAAAGAAUGCGACGCUGGAGCAGAGAAGAUCGGCGGGACGGAGGGGGGUCCUCGGGGGCCUGCGCGGCCCGAGCCCCCGCCGGGCGGCAAAGCGACGGCCUCCGCGGAUACUCUGGGCAGCACGAGUGUGCCUCGGUCGUCGGCUCGGUUCAAGUGGACAUUGUCUGGGGUUCUGCGCGGAGAGCGGGCGGGUUCGGAGCGACACCCCCCCGCCUCGCGUCACUUGGGCGCUGCCCGGGAAGGCCACGCCCCCUGGGCUCCACGUGGUCCGUGGCGGGCACUAGUGACCCGCGGCCCGGGCAUGGCGGGGACUUUGGCUGGCGGUGCUGCGCGGUUCUCUUGCCCUCCUGAUUUCACAGCGGCGGCCUCGGAGCCCCCUCGUUUCUCCCUGGAGGCCUUAACGGGCCCUGAUUCGGAACUCUGGCUGAUCCAGGCCCCCAUCGACUUCGUCCCUGCCUGCCUCAAUGGACGCCUGGUGCCCCUCUCUGGCUCCCAGCUGGUGAAGGGCAAAGUGGCGGGAAAGCGGCACCGAUACCGCAUCCUCAGCAGCAGCGGCCCUCGGGCUGGGGUUGCCACCCUGCUGGCCCCCUCAGCAGAGGCUGGAGGGGGCCUCACCUGUGCCCCGGCCCCCCAGGGCAACCUAAGGAUCGUUGAGGGUUGCCAGGAGGCCACUUCCGGGAUCCCCCUGCAGCCCAUUCCAGCCAGCCCUGCACCUCAGAUUCCCGAAGGUCUGAGGCCCCGGUUCUGUGCAUUCGGGGGCAGCCCUCCAGUCACAGGGCCUGGGGCAGCCUUGGCGCUGAGGUCUCCUGCCUCGGGGAAGAAGAAAAAGAAAAGGCAUCAGCCAGAGGUCGUGGCUCCUGGGGAGCCGGCGGAUGGGCAUGGGGCCCUGGAGGUGGACGCAGCUCUGGGGACACCAGAGAUGGUGGCCGGGAAGAAGAAAAAGAGGAAAAAACAGCAGCUGGAAGGUCCGGAGGGGGUGGAGUCUCCGGCCACAGAGCCCCUGGGGCCCCUGGGGGCACUGAGCCCAGUGCCCCCCAAGAAGAAGAAAAAGCGGCGGCACGGAGAGGCAGAAACGGCCGAGCUGGAGCCUGCAGGGGUGAUGCCAGAGCCAGACGGGACCAGGGAGCAGCCCCGGCUCCAGGAGGAGACAGAACUGCUGGCAGAGCAGGGCCCGUCUGCCCCCAAGAAGAAAAAGAGACAGAAGGGCAUGGAGGGGGUGCCCAGGGAGUGUCACCAGCAGCAGAUGAUGGAGCCCCAGGAGGAAGCUGGCACACAGCCAUCCCCCAAGAAGAAGAAAGAAAAGGGGUGCCACGGGCUGGUGGAGCCAGGCACCGGGGCGCUGGCGCCCUGCCGGGAAACGAUGGAGCCAGAAGGGACCUCCCCGGCCCAGGCAACUGGGCCCCGCACCAAGAAAAGGAAGAAAGACAAAGGACCACAGGUCUCCGGGGAGCCCCGAGAGGGGAAUGAGGAGCCCGAGCCCAAGCCCCCCGGAGCCCCUGGGCCUCAGGCAGCACUGUCACCUCCCAAGAGGAGGAAGGAGAGGAGACACAGGGGGCCUGAGGCAGGACCCGAGGCCAGUGGGCCUGGAGGGGAGGCGGCUCCAGAAGAGGGGGUUCCCGCGGGGCGAGAGAAGAAGCGGAAGAAGAAGCUGUGGACAGAUCCUGGGGAGCUGGUGAUGGGACUCAGCUGA